ACGGGGAAUGGACGCGCCCAGAUCCAACAUGGCCGACUUGGAGGAGAAGGCUUACCGAACAGUGGUCGACAGGUACUAUACAGCGGGCUACAGAACAGAUGUGCAAGGAAGAUAUCGAGAGGACCUGUGUAUAUUGCAGCAUUCCAACAAAGUCUGCAUUGUGACACUGGCGGCAUCACAUCCCCUAGUGGCUGAUGGGAAGUCUGUGGCCAGGGUCGACUUCCAGGUCACGGAAAAGGUCAACCGGCUGGACAACAAGGUCAUCGGCAAGGGCAAAAGGGGAGGCCAGUGGCUGCAGGAGUCUUCCCCACUGUGCCGUGUCACCUGCACAGAUGACACAGAGUUCACUUUAUACAGUUGCAUCAAAGGAAAGCUGGUGGAAGUGAAUGAGAACCUCAUCAACUCACCUCAGCUACUGACAGAGAAGCCGUCAUCGGAAGGCUACGUCGCCAUCGUGCUUCCGAAGUUCGGCGAGAGCGACAAGGAGAUGGCGAGACUGCUGUCCCCGCAACAGUACCGGGACGCGCUGGCACGCAGGGAACGAGAGGGACCAGCCGCAGCAGCCGGGGAACGAGAAGAUGCUCCGUCCUGCUCCAAAAUGGAGGGGGAGGAGGAUAAGGAUGAGAAAGAUCAGGGGGGAAAGAAAGAUUCUGGCGACGAACCAGAACAAAAGAGAGUAAAGCUAGAACUGACAGAUAAGGAACAGACAUCUUCUUAAGACUUCGCUUGAAAACGUCUUACCAUGUAAUGCAUAGAACUGACUAUAGCAUGCAACGCAUAGAAUAGCUAAAUCUUUGACAAUUAUUACUGUAGCAAAAAAAAAGUUAGUUAUCGUUUGUGCUGGAACUACUUAGAAACCAAUACAUGUGCAUGCAUGUGGAACUCUAAGUGGCUUUAGGUGUAUUUUGUAGGGCAGGCAGGUUGUUCCAAUUACCAAGGCCUACCGUAAAGAAUUAUAGCAAUGAGAUUAGUGCAGUUGUACAGUUUACGUUUUAAAAACUUGACACCUUUUCCAAGUGGCGACUCAAUCCG